UGACAAUUGAUGACAAUUUCUCUCAUUCUUUACAUAUAGGUGCACUUCCUGCGUUAUAUACAGUGGUUAAGGCCCCCUCCAAAGAGCCAAUUGACCACCCACCGGUUCAAAGAUCCCCAUCACCGCCGUACUGUAUGUCUUCUGCUGCUUCCGCGCCGAACCAGCAGCAAGACAGUAGGAAAUCCUCAGUCACAGUGCUUUCAUUACUUACUCUGGUCGUUGCUAUCUUAAUAGCCCUGUUCCUCGGCUAUACUGCAAAUACCAGCAACUCCGGCAACCUGUUCGGACUCAAGCGGUUGCUUCCGGCUUCCUGGGGUGCUGCUUCGUUAUCGUCAGGCGCUCGCAGACCUCUAGGAUCCGCGGCUGGGGUUGACCGUGCGCAGAAUAUUCAAAAGAUUCCGGGGAUAGACGAGUUCAAGAUGAGGACGCCGGUUUAUUUCUUGAGCCAUGGCGGGCCCAACAUCAUGUACGAGGUUGAUCACCCCGCGUACAAGCAAUUGACCAAGAUCGGGCGGGAAAUUACGUCCAAAGUCCAGCCGCGUGCUGUUGUGGUGUUCUCGGCCCAUUGGCAGGCUGGCACGGACACUAUCCAGGUCAAUACGGCGGAAAUUACGGAUUUGAUCUACGACUUUUAUGGCUUCCCUAGUCAUUACUACAAGGAAAAGUAUCCCAACGUAGGUAGCAAGGAGAUUGCGACCAAGGUACUGGAUGCAUUGGGCGAGGCCGGUAUCAAGGCGGAAGGCGUCAAGCGGGGAUUGGACCACGGAGUCUGGGCGAGCUUCAAAUGCGCCUUUGAACCGGAUUCGAAUCCUCUGAAUGUGCCUGUUGUCCAAGUCUCGCUGUUCAAAACCGAAGACCCCAUGCAGCACUACCGACUGGGACAGGCGGUGUCCAAACUUCGCGAUGAGAACAUUUUGAUUGUUGUGUCGGGAAUGGCGGUCCAUAAUCUGCGGGAUCUGCAAUUUACUUGGGGGGAUCCACGCCCGCUGCCAUAUACCGUGAGCUUCGACGAGGCACUUAAAGAUGCGGUCGUCACUCCUCCAGCGGAACGAGCCAAGGCUAUGGCUGAUCUGCUGAAGCGCGGAGACGCGCGGCAGGCACACCCAACGUUCGACCAUUUGCUUCCCAUUCACAUUGGAGCUGGCGCUGCUGGGGAUGACCUAGGAAAGCGAUUGUGGACGUUGAAGGAGGGAAGCAUGAGCUGGGCCCAGUACCGGUUUGGUGAAGUGGCCAACGCCAGUAGUUCUCUAUAGUUAGCAUAUAGCAUAAGCGUCAUCAGGCGGAAAUUGUAAACAACCAAUGUGUUUUUUUUUUUUUUUUUUUU